GGGAAGAGGAGAAAGGGGUCCCAGAUCUGCUUUCCAGAUACACAGACCUGUCCCAGAGCUCCUCGCCGCCCGUGCUGCUGGACCAGCUGCAGAUGGGCUGUGACGGGGCCUCGUGCGGCAGCCUCAACAUGGAGUGCCGGGUGUGCGGAGACAAGGCUUCAGGCUUCCACUACGGUGUCCAUGCGUGUGAGGGCUGCAAGGGCUUCUUCCGUCGGACGAUCCGCAUGAAGCUGGAGUACGAGAAGUGCGAGCGGAGCUGCAAGAUCCAGAAGAAGAACCGCAACAAGUGCCAGCACUGCCGCUUCCAGAAAUGCCUGGCCCUGGGCAUGUCGCACAACGCCAUCCGCUUUGGCCGGAUGCCAGAAGCCGAGAAGAGGAAGCUGGUGGCAGGGCUGACGGCGGUCGAGGGGCACCAGCACAGCCCACAGGUGGCGGACCUGAAGGCCUUCUCCAAGCACAUCUACAAUGCCUACCUGAAAAACUUCAACAUGACCAAAAAGAAGGCCCGCGGCAUCCUCACUGGCAAGGCCAGCCACACGGCGCCCUUUGUGAUCCACGACAUCGAGACAUUGUGGCAGGCGGAGAAGGGCCUGGUGUGGAAGCAGCUGGUGAACAGCCUGCCGCCCUACAAGGAGAUCAGCGUGCACGUGUUCUACCGCUGCCAGUACACCACCGUGGAGACCGUGCGGGAGCUCACGGAGUUCGCCAAGAGCAUCCCCAACUUCAGCAGCCUCUUCCUCAACGACCAGGUGACCCUCCUGAAGUACGGUGUGCAUGAGGCCAUCUUCGCCAUGCUGGCCUCCAUCGUCAACAAAGACGGGCUGCUGGUGGCCAAUGGCAGUGGCUUCGUCACCCGUGAGUUCCUGCGCAGCCUCCGCAAGCCCUUCAGUGACAUCAUCGAGCCCAAGUUUGAGUUUGCUGUCAAGUUCAAUGCCCUUGAACUUGAUGACAGUGACUUGGCUCUGUUCAUCGCAGCCAUCAUUCUGUGCGGAGACCGCCCAGGCCUCAUGAAUGUGCCGCAGGUGGAGGCCAUCCAGGACACCAUCCUGCGUGCCCUUGAGUUCCACCUGCAGGCCAACCACCCCGACGCCCAGUACCUCUUCCCCAAGCUGCUGCAGAAGAUGGCGGACCUGCGGCAGCUGGUCACCGAGCAUGCCCAGAUGAUGCAGCGCAUCAAGAAGACCGAGACCGAGACCUUGCUGCACCCCCUGCUCCAGGAGAUCUACAAGGACAUGUACUGA